AUGUCCUACAAAGCAAAUAAUCGCCAAGCCUGCGCUAAAAAGCAUCAAGUUGCUCGUAAACCUUUAAUUGUAAGGUCUCAACUUUCUAUCAAAACUCCUAAUAGUUGCAUAAAACCUUUAAAAAGGUCAUACCAACAAAAAUACAAACACAAAUGCACCUCUUCUUCUUCAUUAGCUAAAACAGCUACAAGAGUUCGUUCGCAACCGCAAUCUAGAAAAGUUCAGUUGAAAAGAAUGAAACAAGUUCAAUCAACCACUACCACCGAAGCAAUCAAUUUGAAGCAAGAAGCUUUCAAAGGUUCGUCAUGUUAUGAAAUUUUGGGUUUUCUUGACCCAGAUAGUAUUGAUAUAACGAGUCUUACAGGAAUGGUGGACCUCUUUUCUGAAUUCUUCUAA